AUGGAUCCCAAGGUCGUCCACUUUGCUGAAGAGUUAUCUGUUUAUGGUUCAAAGUUUGUAUUUAUAAUACUCAAGAAGGUCUAUUUAAAACAAACGUAUUAUUUCUACCUUGGUAUCAUGACUAAUAAGCUAUUACCAUUCGAUUCUCGUCAAAUAAUAUGUAAUGAAGAGAGCAAAUUGUCCGGUUUAUCUGUAUGUUUGCCUUCACAAAUAUCAACAUUUGAUCAACAUAGUGCUACAAUCUAUUCAGUAACUGGUGCUUCACGAAAUCCAUUUAGUGAAUAUGAAGAAAAUUUAUCAUGUAAAAUAUCUAAACGUUUUCAUUGUCCUGUAUUUGUUAGUAUUAGUUUACCGCAUGAAUUUGCUCCUUUAUGGAAUCAUUUCAAUGUAAUCACACAAAGUACACUUGGUCAAAAAGCAGAACAUUGUAUAUUUGAAAAUCUUUCCACUAUUUUACUUUCAUGA